AUGGGUGCUGAUGGACGGUGUGGCCUUCUGGCAGUCUGUUCAUUGAUUUGCUCGCUGUGGCUUCAGGGCUGUGCAGAUGAUCAAUCCACAUGGACUUUCGCACAGAGAAACAGCGGCAGAAGCUCCGGGAACAUCCAGACGACGCCGGUGCUGAGCAACACGAAGGUUUUCUUCGGCACUGACAGUGGCAAAAUGUAUGCCGUGGACAGCACAGACGGCACUGUGGCUUGGGAGUUCAGCGCGGCCGAUGCGAUUCAGUCUUCGCCUACUGUCAGCAAGCAGCAUGUUUUCUUUGGGUCCAACGACCGGAAGAUCUAUGCGAUCAGAGAGGAUAACGGCGAAUAUGUGUGGCAUUUCACCACGCAGGGCCGUGUCCUGUCGCCCCCUACGAUCAGCAAUAAUCUUGUCUUUGUAGGAUCCUCAGAUUGGCGUCUCUAUGCCUUGGAUGAGGUGGACGGCAAGAAGGUCUGGGAGUUUCGCACCGAAGCAGCCGUCCACUGCUCACCCGCUGUGUUCAACCUCAUCGUCUACUUCGGCUCUCUUGAUGGCAAGCUUUAUGCAGUGAGUGCGCUGGCAGGCGAGUUGGUUUGGGAGUUCGAUGCGGGUUCGUCCAUCAAGUCCUCGCCUGCUCUGGACGAUGGGAAGAUUUUCUUCGGGUCCGACAAUGGUGCCCCGGUUCGCAAUCCCAGACUGAUUCAGCUGCUGCCAUGA